AGGAGGCGCCGAGCCAAUAGCAGCGCCGCGGGGGCGGGGCCGAGGAAGAACCAAGAUGGCGGCCGCGGCGGCAACAGGGAGGCUCACCACGACAGCCCUUGCUUGGCUGGCUCUUUGCCUAGCCGCCGUCUCCGCUGUGGACCGCAGCAACUUCAAGACAUGCGAUCAGAGUGCCUUUUGCAAGCGCCAGAGGAACAUGAAACCCGGGAGUUCCCCUUACAGGGCGCUGUUAGAUUCCUUGCAGCUCGACCAGGAUUCUAUGAAAAUCCAGAUCAUCAAUGAAGCCAACAAGGUCCCCCUCCUCCUGGAGGUCUACGGCUUGAAAGGCAACAUGACCCGCAUCCAGAUCAAUGAGCUGAAUCCGCUCAAACCCCGCUACGAGGUACCUGAUGUGUUAAUCCAGGACCCACCUGUUACCAGAUUGUCUGUGACAGGUCGGGACGACAACAGCGUGGAGCUCUCCCUGAGCGACGGGGGCCACAAGCUCAUCCUGACGGCCAAGCCGUUCCGCAUGGACUUGCUGGAGGGGCGGGAGCUGGUGCUGAGCGUCAACUCCCGGGGCCUGCUGGUCUUUGAGCAUCUGCGGCAGAGGAAGGACUCUUUCUCGGAUAAAGUUAGUAGCACGGUCGUUAGCAUUUGGGAUAGGAUCAAGAACCUUUUCUCUAGAGAACCCUCGAAGGAGCCAGCAUCUGAAGGAGAGGAAGCUGCCGAAACAUCGGAUGCUGCUUUGUCCGCAGAGCAGGACUCCGCGGAGAAAAGCGAGCAGCUCGAGGAAGCCCCCAAAGGGGCUGGGGAGGCAGACGAGGAGCCCGGAUCUUGGGAAGAGACAUUCAAGACCCACACGGACAGCAAGCCCAAUGGCCCGACGUCGGUGGGACUGGAUUUCUCAUUCCCGGGCGUGGAGAAUGUAUACGGGAUUCCAGAACAUGCAGAGAAUCUCCGGCUACGAACCACCGAGGGAGGCGACCCGUACCGCCUGUACAACCUGGACGUCUUCCAAUAUGAGCUUUACAACCCCAUGGCCCUCUACGGUUCUGUCCCUGUCCUCCUGGCUCACAACGCCCACCGUACCCUGGGCAUCUUCUGGCUGAACGCCGCCGAGACAUGGGUGGACAUCACCUCCAACACGGCUGGGAAGACCCUGUUUGGAAAAAUGCUGGACUACAUGCAAGGGGGAGGUGAGACUCCGCAGACGGACGUCCGCUGGAUGUCAGAGAGCGGGAUCAUCGAUGUGUUCCUAUUGCUAGGACCAUCGCCCAACGACAUCUUCAGACAAUACGCUUCUCUCACCGGUACCCAGGCCCUGCCUCCGCUCUUCGCCUUGGCCUAUCACCAGAGCCGCUGGAACUACAACGACGAAGAGGACGUGAACGCCGUCGACAACGGCUUUGACGAGCACGAUAUCCCGUACGAUGUGAUCUGGCUGGACAUCGAACACGCCGACGGCAAGCGCUACUUCACCUGGGACCCCAACAAGUUCCCCCACCCCCAGGAAAUGCUUCGGCGGCUGGCCGCCAAAAGACGUAAGAUGGUGAGCAUUGUGGACCCGCAUAUCAAGAUAGACAGUGGCUACCGGGUCCAUAACGAGAUUCGGUCCCAGAACUUUUACGUCAAGACCAAGGAUGGCAGCGACUACGAGGGCUGGUGUUGGCCAGGUUCCGCAGGCUAUCCAGACUUCACAAACCCAGCGAUGCGGGCCUGGUGGUCCAGCAUGUGCAACUACGACCAGUACGAGGGGUCCAUGGAGAAUCUCUACACCUGGAACGACAUGAACGAGCCCUCCGUCUUCAAUGGCCCCGAGGUGACGAUGCACAAGGACGCCCUGCACUAUGGGGGAUGGGAACACCGUGACAUUCACAACCUCUACGCUUUCUACGUGCAAAUGGCAACAGCCCAAGGCCAGGUGCAACGGUCUGGAGGCAUCGAGCGUCCAUUUGUAUUGACGCGAGGCUUCUUUGCAGGGUCACAGCGUUACGGGGCUGUGUGGACAGGGGACAACGCAGCGGAGUGGGAGCAUUUAAAAAUCUCCAUCCCCAUGUGUCUGAGUUUGGGUCUGGUGGGCAUCUCAUUCUGCGGUGGUAAGUCACGUGAGCUUCUGACAGCGAGCGCCAGAAAAAGUUUCGACUUGUGGUCUUUCAAUGAUACCUCCAAGGUUAAAGUUGUUCCUUCUCCACUAUAUAUUAUAGUCGAUGAGUUUAUAAAUAUUGACUCGUACAUUGACAAUAAUGAAAGGUGGACAAGCUUUUUGCUUGUUUUGUUUAUGUGCCAGCAAAAGGCCUUCAGUAAUGACAAGGCGGUUGCCAUUCAGAGAGAGUGUGAGUUUUUAAAAGAAACGAUGCGUUGUUUCGCACAUUUGUCGACCUUGUGCUCAAAUACCGUUCUCCUUGCAGGCGAUGCGCUGUUGGUUCACCCGGUUACAGCCCAAGGGGCGCGAGGGGUGCAGGUGUACUUGCCCGGCAAAGGAGAGGUUUGGUACGACGUCCACACCCAUCAGAAACUUCAUGCACCCCAAACGCAUUACUUAGCUGUCACCAUGGGUACGAUUCCUGUGUACCAGCGUGGCGGCAGCAUCGUGGCUCGGAAAGAGCGGGUGCGGCGGUCUUCGGACUGCAUGCAGAACGACCCUUACACCCUCUACGUGGCCCUGGGCCCCCAGGGCACAGCUGAAGGCGAGCUGUUUCUUGACGACGGGCACACAUUUUACUUUGAGACCAAGAGACAAUACCUGCAUCGCCGCUUCAGUUUCUCUGGCAACACCUUGAUAUCCAGCACGGCGGAUACAAAUGGCACCUUCGAAACGCCCGCCUGGCUAGAACGAGUAGUGAUCCUGGGAGCAGGGAAGCCCGCUGCUAUCUUCCUCAACCAAGAGGGGGCAACAGAGACCCGUCUGGAUUUCACCCACGAAGCUGAAACAUCGGUCUUAACCAUCCGGAAACCGGCCGUUAACAUUGGGACAGACUGA